CAGGAGGAGCAAGUGGACUCAUGAAUGAUAGUGUCACAGGACUGUCUCACCUCGAUCAGCAGCGUUGGAGCUGUCAAGAUGGCUGUCCUGGGCUCUUGUUAAAAGAUUGAGAUGAUUUCAUCCGUGAGACACUGGCAGGUCACUAGCAACUCAUUUCGUCGCGGCGGCGGUAACGUUAGAAGUAUUUCAUAUACACAGAGAUCUGCAGAUGGGUCAGGUUCUGUGGAGGGUGGUGAGGAACCAGCAGCUGCAGCAGCAGUACAAUGAGCAGUGCUUCCUCCAGCAGGAGAGAGAGCAGGGCCGAAGGAUGGGUCCCCCACUGUCUGAACCGCUGCAGCAGCGCCGUUCGCCACAGUGCCAGGUCCCCGGCUCCGACAUCAGUCACCUGCUGCGCGUCCGCAGGGGCAAAGAGGAGCAGGGCUUCAUCGAUCUUGAGAUGCUGCCGCCUGAACUCAGCAUCACCAUCCUCUCCUACCUGAAUGCUACCGACCUGUGCCUGGCCUCUUGUGUGUGGCAGGACUUGGGCAAUGAUGAGUACCUGUGGCAGGGCCUCUGCAAGUCCACUUGGGGUCACUGUUCCAUAUACAAUCGAAGGCUUCCAUUUGGAUUUUCCUAUAGAAAGCUCUAUAUGGACUUAGAUGAAGGAAGUUUAACCUUCAACGCCAACCCGCAAGAGGGUAUCAGUUACUUCAUGUUCAGAGGUAUUCUUUUGGACCACCCGAAGGAAAUUGCCAAGUUUAUAUUCUAUACCAGAAUGCUCAACUGGAAGAUGUUGCGGAAUUAUCUUGAUGAACGGCGAGAUGUCCUGGAUGAGUUGGUCACACUUCAUAAUUUUAGUAACCAGUUCCUUCCUAAUGCACUGAGGGACUUCUUCAGACACAUUCAUGCCCCGGAGGAGCGGGGAGAGUACCUGGAGACCCUCAUCACUAAGUUUUCUCACCGCUUCUGUGCCUGCAACCCCACUUUGGUCCGGGAAGUGGGCUUAAGUCCCGAUGCUGUGUACGUGCUGUGCUACUCCCUCAUCCUUCUCUCCAUCGAUCUGACCAGCCCUCACGUAAAGAACAAGAUGUCCAAAAGGGAGUUUAUCCGAAACACACGGCGGGCUGCUCAGAACAUCAGCGAGGACUUUGUUGGCCACCUCUAUGACAACAUCUAUCUGAUCGGCCACGUGGCGGCCUAGGCACUACAGCGUUUGACACGUCAGGGAGAGCUGGCACUAUAAGGAUUCCACUUGAAGCUGGAAGAAUCACUGUCAGAACUCAUUUUAAAAUGAAGACCUAUGAGCUCUAGAUAUGAUGUGCUGCAUUACAAACUUGGAGGACGGCCACAAUGUGAAGAAUCAGCGAAGCAAGUCAGUUGUUAGCAGGCUAGCAAUGGUAGCGACACGGUUUACCUACAAGAAACCGCUUAAACAUGCAAAAGUAGGUAUGUAGCUACAUGAAGAUGUAUGAGAUAAGCUAUGAAGUCAGUAAAAGCUGAAUGUAGUGGGGCUUAAUGGGGCUUAUCAGCGUCAUAUUUACAACGACAUCUAUUUUCUUCCUCAUUCUAAUUUGAAAACCUCUCAUUAGAUCAAAUGAAUGUCAGCUUUUUUUUCAUAUCUACAAAAUUCAGGCAAGUCUAAGACACUCAAUCGAGUCACUGUGAUAUCAAAGGAUUGACAGGCGAAAAUUGCAGAACUAUUGAAAAUGAACAAAAGCAUUUUAUUUUAACUCUGUGUGUGCACUUUUGUGUUUUAGGAGGAUUUGUGUUUUUGCAUCGUCACAUAAGUCUCAUCUUCCCUGAGAAGAGUAAAACCCUGUGAGACAUUGUAUGCACUGAAUUUUUAUCACAUAUGUUUUGUAGGUUUGGUACCUUCUUUUGGUCAUAUUCCUUCAAUAUUUUUUUAACAACAUGUAGACAUUAUGUUAGACUGUUUCCCAAUCCUAUACAAAUUAUAUACAUGCACAUAAUUCAUAUACAAGAAGAAAUCAGCUCUAUGUAUCAUCUGAACAUCUGAGUACUCAAGAGGAACUUUCCAAAAAAAAAAAAAUGAAUUGGACAUCUUGUCUUUUGGUUAAUUCAUUUCUUCUUUCUUUUAUUCAGAUUUGUCUUUUAUUUAGAUUUUCUACAAUUGGGUGCCAAUAGAGAGGAUUAAAUAAUAAACAACAUAUACACAAUAAUAAGGAAUGAUACUAUUAUUCACACGCUCUGCAUAGUUUAAUUUAAUGUUGAACAUUUUAUUUGCACAUAAUGUAUAUAUUUAAGUAUAGAGAUUUAUAAACAUUAAAAUUUAUUUUGGAGUAUUUUAACUAAGAGUUGUGGUUUUUCCCUCUAUUAAAAGAGUUUAAUCUG